GUUUGCCCUUGGGAAUUGAAGAUGAUGUUGCUAUGGAAACUGCUGUUACUACAAUCAUUCAUUGGCUGCCUUGCAGGGAAUGGCAAGCCACAUGGGCCAGUUUUUCUCCAUGAGCCAAAUGACAUUGUAUUUCCUGUGGAUUCUGAGGAAGAGAAAGCAAUGCUGAACUGUGAAGCAACAGGGAAUCCAACACCACAUUACAGAUGGCAAAGAAAUGGCACAGACAUUGACUUCAGCCUCAGUUAUCACUACAGUUUGAUUGGUGGCACCCUCGUUAUCAAUAACCCAGUUAGAACCCAGGAUUAUGGAACCUACCAAUGCUUCGCAACAAAUUUGUUUGGCACAAUUGUGAGCAAAGCAGCCAAGCUUGAAUUUGCAUAUCUUGAAAGCUUCAAAGGAAAAUCAAGAAAUAACGUGUCUGUCCGAGAGGGGCAAGGAGUUGUGUUGCUUUGUGGCCCUCCACCACAUUCUACAGAACUAAAAUACACUUGGAUAUUUAACCAGUUUCCAACCUUCGUCGAACAAGAUAAUCGUCGCUUUGUUUCUCAAAGAACUGGAAACUUAUACAUCUCAAAAGUGGAAGUAUCAGAUGUUGGUUCCUACAUCUGUGAGAUAGAGAAUACAGUAACUAAUAAGAGAGUUCUGAGUCCACUUACCCCUCUGGUACUACGUAGUGAUGGAGUGAUGGGUGAAUAUGAACCAAAGAUUGAAGUUCGUUUCCCAGAAACAGUCUUUGCAGCUAAAGGUUCAACAGUGAAGCUGGAAUGCUUUGCACUGGGAAAUCCAGUUCCUACUAUUAGCUGGAGAAGAAUUGGCAGCGCCUUCUCUGACAAGGUCAAAGUGAACAAAACGUAUGGUGUUCUUGAAAUCAUAAGCUUUCAGCAGAAGGACGCGGGUACAUAUGAAUGCACUGCUGAAAAUUCAAGAGGCAAGAACACUGCAAGAGGACAAUUGGUUUCUUACGCACGGCCUAACUGGAUUCGAAACAUAACUGAUGUUUAUGUGCCUAUUGGAGAAAGUCUGCAGUGGAUUUGCAAGGCAAGUGGAGACCCGAAACCUUCUCACAAAUGGCUGAAGAAUGGUGAACCCCUUAUAAUAGAGGAAAGAAUUCAAGUUGAAAAUGGAAUGCUUUCUAUCCGUGCUGUUAACCUGUCAGAUUCUGGCAUGUAUCAGUGUGUGGCUGAAAACAAACAUGGCGUAAUUUAUGUCAGCGCUGAGCUUCGAGUUAUGGCAUCAGCUCCUGAUUUUUCAAUGAGCCCCUUGAAGAAAUUAAUACCUGUGCGCGUAGGUGGUGAGGUCACCAUUGAAUGUAAACCAAAAGCUUCCCCAAGAGCAAUGUUGUCAUGGAUGAAAGAAAAUGAGAUUCUGCGAGAAAGUGAAAGGAUUACCCUGAAAGAUGGCAGUUUAAGAAUAGUUAAUGUAACAAAGAGGGAUGAUGGACGCUACACUUGUAUUGCCCGGAACCAUUUUGGAUCAGCCAACAGCACAGGAACAAUAACAGUGAAAGACCCAACAAGAAUUACCACACCGCCAUCAGACGUGGAUGUCACUGUGGGGGAAAGUACAAUCUUGCCGUGUCAAGUCUCCCAUGAUCCUUCACUGAGUGUUGAAUUCUCAUGGUCUUUUAAUGGUCAACUUAUAGACUUCAGGAGAGAUAGAGAUCAUUUUGAAAACGUUGGAGGGGGUUACUCUGGUGAUUUGAUGGUCAGAAAUAUUCAGCUUAAACAUGCUGGUAGAUUUGUUUGCAUGGUCCAGACCACUGUCGACAGUGCGUCAGCUGGAGCUGAUCUGAUUGUGAGAGUUCCACCAGGUCCACCCAGGGGUGUGAUAGUGGAAGAGAUUACAGAUACCACAGCUCAACUCUCCUGGAGCCCUGGUAUUGACAAUCACAGUCCAAUUUCCAUGUACACUAUACAGGCACAAACGCCCUUUUCAGUUGGUUGGCAAGCUCUUAAAACAGUUCCUGAGAUCAUUGAUGGUGAUGCUGUAACUGCGACAGUGAUUGAUUUAAGUCCCUGGGUAGACUAUGAAUUCAGAGUUGUUGCCAGUAACAACAUUGGCAUUGGAGAACCGAGCUUACCAUCUACCAAAUCAAGAACAGAAGAAGCUCUUCCUGACAUGGGUCCGGCUAAUGUUAGUGGGGGAGGUGGCAGUCGUUCUGAACUGGUAAUAACUUGGGAGCCUGUGCCUGAAGAGUUACAAAAUGGCGAAGGCUUUGGAUAUGUUGUUGCAUUCCGACUGCUGGGAACGACAAGCUGGAUGAAGGCGGCAGUAACCUCAGCAGAUGCAUCAAGAUAUGUGUUUAGAAAUGAAAGUGUGCCACCUUUCUCUCCCUAUGAAGUAAAAGUUGGAGUCUAUAAUAACAAAGGCGAAGGCCCUUACAGCCCAGUAAUCAUUGUAUAUUCUGCUGAGGAGGAACCCACUGCUGCACCAUUCAAUGUCUCAGCCAGAAGCCUGUCAGCUUCAGAAGUGCAAGUUUUCUGGGAAGCUGUGCCCUGGGAGACAAGCAAAGGAAAAGUACGAGGUUAUGAGAUAUGGUACUGGGCAGACGAUGAGAAUGAAGAGACAGCAGAUAAGCUGAGAUCAAAUGGAAACAUUACUUCAGCGAGGGUCACGGGAUUGAAGGGCAGUACACUUUAUUACCUGAUGGUUAAAGCAUACAGCAGUGCUGGAACAGGACCCGCCAGCCCUCUAGUUAAUGUCACAACCCGAAAACCACCACCAAGUCAAGCACCUGGUAAAAUCUGGUGGGAAUCAGCCAGCUCUGGAGUUGUUUUAAACUGGGAUCAUGUCAAAGCAAUGGAAAAUGAAUCAGAAGUGACAGGAUAUAAAGUUUUAUACAGAAAUAACAGACAGAGCAGUACAAAGGUGAUAGAAACCAACAAUACAUCAGUGGAGCUUCUACUCCCCGAUGAUGCUGAUUACAUCAUUGAAGUGAAGACAUUCAGUGACGGUGGUGACGGAAUCAGUAGUGCUCAAAUCAGAAUCCCACGAAUGUCAUAUCCAGAUGGUGGAAGAUCUGGAACUUCAGCAUCAAAUGCCUGCACAUUGUCAGCCUUUAGCACUAUAGUGCUGUCCCUGUCAGCUAGAUCAGCAUUAUGGUGAAAGCAUACAUUGACCUACCUAGCAUCAUAUAAUCAGUCAACAAUCUAAAGACUUAUGAGUAAAUCUGCAAAUUUUGCUAGUGUGCAUUUA